CCCAACGCAUGAGCAACAUCUCGCUGUCCUCCGGCACGGACUCCGUGGGCCACAUGGAUCGCGGCAGCAGCUCCAGUCUCGCUAGCAGCGCCACCGUUGGCACCAACACCAUCACCAGCGGCAUUUCCAAGGAGUGCGCCAAUUACCCCGUCGGCAGUCAGUCGGCCCGUCCAUACGUCCAACUGCCGGGCAUACACAUUUCCAACCCUCCCCAGUACGGGCCAGGGAAUAUGCAGGAAAUAGACGCUGGCAAAAUGGCGCCCACCUAUGGCUUCGACAGCGAGCAGAACUACUGCCUGAAUUCCCAACAGUUGCCGUCUCCAAUGCCCCCUCCACCAUACGCCUUGGCACGCGUGAGCAGCACACGCAACUUCGAGCUCGAGAACCACACACCGCCGGAAUGUCCCGGCUCUGGACCCAUUGCCAUGACGAACGGCACCAUCCAGUUGCGCCUCCGCGAUGGCGUGCGCAUUGACAUGACUCUGGACAAGGCGGUGCGCGUGCUCAAUCAGCGCAGCAUCGUGGCAGUUGCUCUAUCACGCAACUGCAGCAACUCGGCUUUGAUCCACCCCAAUGGACGCAUCUUGCAGAGCGGCGCUAAAGUCGAAAUAGUCACCUACGACGGCAUGAAGGGCAAUAACUUUGUUCGCUAUGCCAAGAUGUGGUACAAGGGUGUGAGCUUCACCAGCGAGGCGUGCGCUCUCAUCUACCUGGUGGACACAGCCGGGACGCGCACCACAACCGACACUUUCACCGAUCUGACCAAGGACUACGCCCUGGCAGUGUUCUAUGACGACUCGCGCCAUUGUCCCUCUUAUAUGGCUGAAGCCCAUGACGUGAUUGCCAAUUCAGCUUACACCUGUACCGAGGAUGGCACUGAGAUCUAUGACAUAAACGGAUUUCGCAUCACCCAGGCAGCCGAUGGCCUGGUGAAGGUCACUCGUUUGGACAACAAGUGCUUGAUUCGCACCAGUCCCGGCAAUGGAUCGGCCACUUUGACCACACCUGGCAUCCAUUGCACUGCCUCUCUGGGCAAGACCUCGCAUCUGUUUGUUCGUCGCAAUGAAAAGCGCAUGCACUUCGAUGGAUCCUGUUUCAUUCAACAGCAGCACACUUUAGGGACCUUGACGUGGAGAGAGGGAUUCAGUUAGGAUCCCGGAAUUUAGGAAUAUCAAAAUCAAUUUGGGAAAUAAGUUAGAAAGCAAAUAUGUUCGUACAAAAACCAGCACCACACCACACCACACACACACACCUCAGCGAAGGAACUCAGCCCAGUCCUAUCUGGGUUCCGAUUGCUCGACAUGGGAGCAACACAACCACACCACCAACCCCCAGGGAAUACUAGUUGUCUUUCGUUUACCAUUACCAUUACCAUAUAUAUCAUGCCGUAUAUAUGCGUAUAUUACUAGUUGUUAUUGCAAAUCGGGAGCGCUUUCCUGCUUCCCCAAAUCAGUUGGCCAAAUCAGACCGAUCUCAAGCUGAAGCG